GCAAUCCAGCACCAAGUCUUCUAUUUAGGUUUUCUUCAUUCUCCGUCUUGAUUCCUUGUUCCUAUCUCGUCGUGUUGUCAUGGAUUCAUCUAGUUCACAAACCUCUUCUACAUCCUCUACAGUUCCUAUUUCGUCUAUGGAUUCUCCAUUAGUUACAGCAAAGCCGACUGAAUUCAAGUUUCCUUUUGUUCCACCCUUCAAUACCUUGACCUCUCCGAAUCCUAUACCGAUCCACCAGAAUUCUGCAUCUCAUUCCUUUUUUUCUCAUCCCGUCUUCACUGUUUCCAAUAUUAAGACCUUUGUUCCGGAAACUUUGACACAUGAAAAUUAUGUUAUCUGGAAGGAAUUAAUGAUUCCUGUAUUCAAGAGCAAGGGAGUAUAUGGUCAUAUUGAUGGUACUGACCCCUGUCCACCACCUUCGAGUCCUCACUUUGAAGCCUGGAUGAUUAUUCAACCCGGUAAGAGUCUCACUGCUAAGGAAGCUUGGGAUGCCAUUCAUACCUCUUAUCAAAAUCAGUUAGCUGCCAGAAAAAUGUAUGUUAAACAAGAGUUUAUUACUCUUCAAAAGCAAUCUGGACAGUCCAUGUUAAAUUACUUGCAAAUUGUUAAGAAAGCAGCAGAUAACAUGUAUGGUGUUGGUGAGAUUUUGACAGAUCGAGACAUAGUUUUUCAAGCUCUUGCAGGACUUGAUGCUGAAUAUAGUGUUGCUAAGAGAACUAUUCCACAACGAUCUCCUUUUCCUUCUUUUGUGGAAUUGCAAUCUUUAUUGUUGAUUGAAGAAUCAACUUUGCAAAGAGAAAAGUCGGUCAGUCACUUAGCCUUUGUAAAUCCAAGUACACAACAAGUGCUACAGACUUCGACUCACUCUCCUGAAGUGUACUACUCCGGUGCUCAAUCACGGCAUGAAUUUUCUGGAUUUGGCAGAGUUUUUAACAGAGGAUUACAUAGGGGUGGUCGUGGUCCACGUCGAGGCGGUCGAGGAGGCCGUGGAUCACGUGGUGGUUCUUAUUCCAAUUUUGAUCGUGGUUCCUUUCACGGUACAGUAUAUAAUCCCAACCAUGGUGUUUACAAUGGUGGUGUUCAUGCUUCCAACAAUCAUGCAUGGAAUUCUUCAAAUGGGUUCAAUUCUUCAAAUUGGUUAAAUUCAUCUCAUGGAAAUAAUUUGCCUCCACUGUUGCCGAAUCCAAGCAUGCCUUCCCAUCAAAUUAUGGCUUGUCAACUUUGUGACCAGUUAACUCAUAAAGCUCGUGAUUGUCCCCUGCUGAUUGGAACAAAGAUUGCCUCCCCAAAUCCACAUGGCCCUACAGCCUUUACCGCCACAACUUACCCGACAACUCCGGAUAGCAAAUGGUAUAUUGAUUCUGGUGCCAAUACUCAUGUGUCUAGUACUCCUGGUAAUCUUUUAAACUCAUCUCCUUAUUCUGGUCUAGAAUUAAUUCAAGUCGGCAAUGGUCAAUUAUUACCUGUUACUCAUUCUGGUAACGCUAGUUUCUCUUCGUCUGGUCAUUCCUUUAAGCUUAACAAUGUUCUUGUUUCUCCUCACCUUCAUAAGAAUUUAAUUUCCGUUCGUCAGUUUACCAAAGAUAACAAUUGCAGUAUUGAGUUUGACUCUUCUGGUUUUUCUGUUAAGGACAUCAAAACGAAGAACGUCCUGCUUCGUUGCAAUAGUUCGAGGGGACUAUAUCCCGUGUCUAGCUCAUCGUCCAGUUGUCCAAGUGUUCUUUCUACUGCAGUUGUGUCUCCUGAUGUUUGGCAUCUUCGUCUUGGGCAUCCGGGUUCAGAUUCCAUCUCUCAUUUGUUUCGUCGUGGUCUUAUUUUACCAAACAAUAAAAUGUCUAGUUCCAUUUCUUGUCAUGCAUGUCAACUAGGGAAGCAUACUCGUCUUCCAUUUAGUGACUCAUUUUCUGUUACCUCUGCGCCUUUUGAUUUAAUUCAUUCAGAUGUUUGGACUUCUCCAGUUAUGUCUUUUACUGGUAUUCGAUAUUAUCUUUUGUUCUUGGAUGAUUAUAGUCACUAUCUAUGGGUUUAUCCAUUACAUUCAAAAUCUCAAGUGUUUCAAGUUUUUCUUAGAUUUUCAGCUUCUGUCUUUACUCAAUUUGGUGCUCGGAUUAAAGCUUUUCAAUGUGAUAAUGGUCGUGAAUUUGAUAAUUUAGAUUUUGCUAAUUAUUUUCAAUCUAAUGGAAUUCAUCUUCGUUCUUCUUGUCCCUCGACUCCCCAACAAAAUGGGAAAGCCGAGCGUAUGAAUCGAACAAUUCUCAAUAUGGUUCGAUCUUUACUUUUUCAAGCAAAAUUGCCUAGUGAAUUUUGGGUGGAAGCACUUUAUGUGGCUGCUCACCUAAUUAAUAUUUUACCUUGCUCUAGGCUACAAUUUUCUACACCACAUGAGGUGUUAUUUGGUGAAGUGCCCUCUUAUGAUCACUUGCGCACCUUUGGUUGUGCUUGUUAUCCAAAUUUGUCAGCCACUGCAGCACACAAAUUGGCUCCCCGAUCCUCUUUAUGCAUCUUUUUGGGAUAUCCUAGUCAUCACAAAGGCUACAGAUGUCUUGACUUACAGACAAACAAGAUUAUCUUAUCCCGGCAUGUUACUUUUAAUGAAGAAUUGUUUCCUUAUCCACCUCAACAUCCUACCUCCUGCCAAACUCCUACGCCAUCUUUACGAGCUCCAUUCCAUUUGCUGGACAUCCCAUUAUCUUGGCCCAAUUCCCAGCCUAACCCACCUCCCCCUACUAAUCCCGUCCAUCCUCUAAACCCACCCCCACCCUCCAAUCUUUUGGGCCGGCCCAACUCUACUUGCCCAACCUCUACUUUGCAUCCGCCCACCUCACUCCCACCUACUUUGAACCCAUCACCCGAUUUACACUCACCUUCCUCACCCGUUCACCCGCCGGCUCUCAUCAAUUCCCCCUCUGCACCUGUGGCUUCUACCCAUGCCGCCUCAGUGCCGCCAGCUUCCAACCCCUCCGAAUCUACUUGCCCUUGUCCAGAUUCUGUUUCUGAGCAAGAGCAUGAGGUCUCUACUGCUCCGCUUCUCUCUGCUGCUCCGCCUCCAUCUGGUGCUGUUGCUCGCCGAUUACAUGGUAUGGUGACCCGUUCACAAGUGGGUGUUCGAAAGCCCAAAAUUUUACCGUCCAUGGUUCAUACUCUCCUUGAUUUGACAGAACCCAAGACUUUUAAGCAAGCACACCGGCUUCCCGAAUGGCAGCAUGCUAUGAAUGAAGAAUAUGUGGCACUUCUGCGCAACAAAACUUGGGUCUUAGUACCUCCUCCAUGCGGUGCUAACAUUGUGGGUUCCAAAUGGGUAUACCGUAUUAAACAGAGAGCAGAUGGUAGUAUUGAACGGUACAAAGCACGGCUUGUUGCUCAAGGAUAUACACAACAGCCGGGGAUAGAUUAUGAUGAGACCUUUAGUCCAGUGGUGAAACCGGUCACCAUUCGUACGGUUCUUGCUCUUGCUCUUUCCAAAUCUUGGCCAAUUCACCAGCUUGAUGUUAAAAAUGCUUUUCUGAAUGGGUAUUUAUCUGAACCUGCCUAUAUGUCUCAGCCACCGAGAUUUGUUGAUCCGCAGUAUCCUAAUCACGUUUGCUUCCUUCAACGGGCACUUUAUGGUUUAAAGCAAGCUCCUCGUGCAUGGUUUCAACAGUUUGCAGCCUUUCUCUAUUCUUGUGGUUUUAUUCAAGCAUACUCUGAUUGUUCUAUGUUUCUAUAUCACUCGAAUGGUAUGCUGGCUAUUCUACUUUUGUAUGUUGAUGAUAUUAUCUUAACUGCCUCUACUCAGCCCCUUUUGGAUCAUAUUAUUGCUUUGUUAAAGAAGGAAUUCCUGAUGACAGAUUUGGGUGUUCUCAACUAUUUUUUGGGCAUUACAGCUAGAUUUAAUUCAGAUGGUAUCUUUCUCUGCCAAACUAAGUAUGUGGCUGAUUUGUUAGAUCGCACUGGUAUGUCUGACUGCAAAGCAGUUUCUACUCCUAUGACACCAAAGCAAAAGUUGGUUGCUUCUGACAGUCCUCCUUGCUCUGAUUCUACUCAGUAUCGGAGUAUUGUUAGUGCUUUACAAUACUUAACUUUUACUCGUCCGGAUAUUGCCUUUGCUGUUCAACAAGUAUGUCAAUAUAUGCAUGCACCAACUGAGAAUCACUUUCAAGCUGUGAAACGGAUACUUCGUUAUUUGCAAGGUACUCUACACUAUGGGCUUCAAUUAUUCAAAGAUUUUUCUCCUUCCUUGCACAUUUACACAGAUGCGGAUUGGGCUGGAUGUUUGGAUAGUCGUCGCUCUACCUCUGGCUAUUGUUUGUUUUUUGGUCGGUCUCUUGUUUCCUGGUCUUCUAAAAAGCAACCAACUGUUGCUCGAUCUAGUGCAGAGGCAGAAUAUAGAGCUAUGGCUAAUGCCGUUGCUGAGGUGGUUUGGGUUCGUCAAUUAUUGGGAGAGUUACGGAUCUUUCUUUCUUCUCCUCCUGUCCUUUUUUGUGAUAAUAUUAGUGCUCUCUAUAUGGCUCUUAAUCCUGUGCAGCAUCAACGGACAAAGCACAUUGAGAUUGAUAUACAUUUUGUUCGUGAGCGAGUUGCCUCUCGUGCCAUUCUUUUGCAACAUGUUCCUACUUCAUUACAGUGCGCUGACAUUCUCACCAAAGCUUUAUCUACUUCUGUUUUUGAUGAGGUUAUGCAACAAACACUGAGCCAGGUUAUGUGGGGCCUGCAGCUUGCAAAGAUAGAUGCAGAUCGUUGGGAAUUUGCAAAUGAAGGAUUUAUCAGAGGUCAAAAGGAUUUAUUGAAGAAUAUCUCCAGAAGGAAACAUCCUCAGGGCUCUGACCAGCGUAAAGCAUCGCAGCCUCAGGACAACUCUGUUGAACCAUGUGAGAACAUUAAAAAUGUCGGGCUGUGGAAGGAAGUUGAGAAUUUGAAGACUGAUAAGAAUGCUCUCAUGCAGGAGUUAGUCAAACUUAGGCAGAACCAGGAGACUGCUGAUAAUAAGUUGCUUCGCCUGAAGGAUAGUCUUCAAGGAAUGGAAAAGAAUCAGCAACAGAUGCUCUCAUUCUUAAUCAUGGCAAUGCAAAGCCCAGGCUUUUUGGUUCAGCUGCUUAAGCCUAAGGAAAAUAACCGGUAUAUGACUGAAGCAGGCAAUAUGCUAGGUAGCACUGCAGAGGAUAGUGAACCAGUAGCUUCUGAUGGUAUGAUAGUAAGAUACCAGCCACCUGUGGAGGAAGCACCAAAGCCAGUACUCAAACCAGUGAUAGACUCGGAGAUUCCUCCUGAAUUUGAUGCAUCUUCUGGAGGGAUGAAAGAUUUUUGGAUGAACAUUGAUUUUGUGAAAGUUCUUGUGGAUGAUAGUCACAUACCUUUUGCUCCACCAGAUUUACAUGACGAUGGUGCUUGGGAAAAGCUUCUUCUAGCUAACCCUUUUCUAGAGAACGGGGAAGAUGGAAAGAAAGAUAAGGAAUGCCCCACAGACUCGGGUAUGGAAGUUGAAGUAACAGAGUCCGGAACGCAUUUGGACAAACCUCAUAAUUUUGAACUUCUACUGCAAAAUAUGGGGAAUUCUCAUAACUUAGAGAUUGAACCGAUAGUAAAUGGAUUACAGUUGGAGACAUCCGAGAACUUGGAACUUCUAACAGAGCAACUGGGGCAUUUGACUUCUGAAAGUGACCAUAGGGAUGAAAUCCCUAGUAAGUAGUGUAAAUUAUAUGGUAGUCUCUGAAACUUAUUUUAACAUGUUUUGAUUAUAUAUAUGUAUAAGAAGCUAAGAAAGUGGGAUUUCAAUU